AUGCCUUCCAGAUCUGAGAUCACAUAUUUCGGCGCAGACCCUGCUUUGCUACCCAUAGACGUCCUUGAGAAGGCUGCCCACAGACGUAUUGCUGAGCACAGCCAUCGUUCAGAGCUGGCUACAAGCAUCAUCAAUGAGGCUAAGGCUGAUCUUGCCUCUUACAUUGACAUUCCCGAGGACUAUGAGGUUCUUUUCAUGCAGGGUGGUGGAAGUGGAGAGUUCUCCGCUACCAUGUACAACCUUGUUGGUGCAUGGGUGACAAAGAAGAAGGCCCAGAUUGUUGCCAACCUCAAGGCUCCUGAGGACGACCCUCGCGUAGAGCAGGAGCUCAGGAAUGCAGUUAAGAAGGAGCUCAAGACAGAUUACAUUAUCGCUGGUGGCUGGUCUCGGGAGGCUUCUGAAGAGGCCAAGCGACUGCUUGGUCCUGAGCAUGUAAACAUCAUCGCUGACUCCCGCCAAAUUAACGACAGAAAGUAUGGCAAGAUUCCUGAGGAGAGCACCUGGAAACUCUCCAAAGAUGCUGCUUUGGUCUACUACUGUGACAAUGAGACCGUCGGUGUCUGUAUUGCUGGCCAAGUUCUCAAGAAGUCACUCAGCACUUAUAACAAGGUCGAGGGACAGGAGGCCGUGUCCGCCAAGAAUGCCGAGCUCAUCUAUGGUGCUCUUGAGGCCCACCCCGAUGUGUAUAGAAUUGUCCCUGAUAAGUCUGUUCGCUCAAGGAUAAACAUCUGCUUCCGCGUCACCAAGAAUGGCGACACUGAUGGCACUGAGAAGGCUUUCCGUAAGGAGGCCACUGCCCAGGGUCUCACCGGCCUCAAGGGUCACCGAAGCGUGGGUGGUAUUCGUGCCAGCAGCUACAACUCCAUUCCCUUAGAGGGCGCUGAAAAGCUUGCCAAGUUCAUUGAGACAUUUGCUACCUCUUGA